AUGGUGCUGGGAUGGUCAGCCCCCGCGCUCGAGAUGCUGAAGGCGGAAGCCACGUACACGGACGAGGAGCUGUCGUGGGUGGCGGGCAUUCCGCCUCUGGGGUCGCUGGUGUCGAUGAUGCUGAUGGCGCUGACGCUGGACCGGUUCGGGCGCAAGGUGGUGAUGCUGGCGCUGGUGCCGCCCAUCCCGCUGCUGCUGGUCGGCCGCUUCAUCACCGGCUUCUGCGGCGCCGGCUACUGCACCGCCGCGCCCGUCUACACGGGCGAGAUCGCCGAGAAGCAGAUACGUGGCGCGCUCGGCGUCUUUUACCAGCUGAUGCUCACCCUCGGCUUCCUGUUGGCGUAUUUUGUGGGUAAGUUGAGCGGCCUGCGGGUGCUGUCGCUGCUGUGCGGCAUCGUUCCUCUCGUGUUCUUCGUGGCGUUCUUCGCGAUGCCCGAGUCACCGGUGUACCUGCUGGACCGCGAAAGGCGCGAGGACGCGGUCAAGGCGCUGCAGUGGCUGCGGGGGCCCGCCACCGACAUCUCGCAGGAGCUCUGCAGCAUGGACGAGUUGAUUGCUGACUCGCGGCGACAUAAGGACAGUAUCAAGGAGAAGAUGGGGAAAAAAUCGACAAGGAGAGCACUGAUGAUGGGGCUGGGCCUGAUGUUCGCUCAGCAGCUGACUGGCGUCAGCAUCAUCUCCUUCCAUUCGAAAACCAUCUUCACGGCAGCCGGCGACACAACAGACUUUACUGUCUGCUUCAGUGUCAUGGGCAUCAUGCAGGUCUUGGCCGUGGUGAUGGCGAUAGCCCUCGUGGACCGAGUAGGUCGGCGGCAGCUGAUGAAGAUCUCGCUUAUGGGGGUGGUAUUCUGCCUCGUCGCUCUCGGACUCUUCUUCUUCAUGAAGGACCUCGAUGCGACGUCGGUGCUCUACUUUGAGUGGCUGCCGCUGUUCAUCUUAUCCGUAUAUCUGUAUCUGUUCACACUUGGUGCAGGACCUUUGCCUUGGGCUAUGAUGGGCGAACUCUUCCCAGCACACGUGAAAGGCGUCUGCAGCAGUAUCUGCGGCGCCUCCAGCUUUGUUCUCGCUUAUAUUACAUGCGAGACGUUCGCUCAUCUAAUGGGUGUCCUCACAUUGGCUGGAACUUUCUGGCUGUAUGCGGGACUUUGUUUCGUGUCUGCAGUAUGGCUUUUCUUCUUCCUCGCCGAAACAAAGGGAAAAAGCUUGGAAGAAAUACAACAUAUGGUGGAAGAAUCACAUGGAAAUGUGGGAACACUCAGAGAGAUGAUGUCGACCAAGGCAGCGCUGAAGGGUCUCUGGACACAGAUGGGCAUCCUGUUCUUUCAGCCAUUGUCUGGGCAGAACAUAAUCAUCUUUUAUGCGGUCAGCAUCUUUGUGGCAGCCGGCAGCAGUCUGGAUCCCAAUGUCGCUUCAAUCAUCUUGGCUUCUGUGCAGGUGGUGGCGACAGCGUGCUCUGCGACAAUUGUGGACCGCGCGGGACGUCGGAUUCUGCUCAUCUUCUCGUACAGCGCAAUGGGGGUGUGCCUCAUCGUAGUUGGAGCCUUCUUCUUCAUGUUGGAACAGAAUGAGAAGAUGGUGAGGGAUGUUCGUUGGCUGCCCAUCUUCGUUAUUAGCAUCUACCUUGUUGUGUUCUCGAUGGGCUGUGGGCCGCUGAGUUGGAGCAUGAUUGGAGAGAUCUUCCCGCAGGAGGUUAAGGCUAUUUGCAGCGCCAUAUGCGCCGCUACCAACGCCGUAAUGACCUUUCUCGUCUCGAAGACGUACCUGGACCUAGAGGAAACGCUUACCACUGCAGGCGCUUUCUGGCUGUAUGCAAUACUGAACUUCGUUGCCGCCAUAUGGAUCUUCUUUUUCGUCAUUGAGACUAAAGGGAAGACACUCGACGAGAUACAGAAGCAACUUGGCAGUUGA